UGCCUCGACCCAACCGCUCGACUCCGCUACCAUCUUUGACAGCUGCGAACACAACCUCUAACAACACAUGACAAAAUACCCUUAACAAUCCAUUGGGUUUGUAAUCGAACAGAACUGAUAAACGCGAGUGACGUCAUUACCGUUAGUGACAUGUGAGAUUGUGGUGUAAAGGCUGUAGGCGCGCGGAGCUUCCAUAGCGGUACAAGCAUGUCGGGGGAGAAUUAAGUUAAAAUGCAAACAAAUCGAUUCGACUGCUGAGCAAAACAAAAACUGACUGAGAUAGUUCAACUUGCAUACAGCGAGAAUGUAAAGAGUCAAAACAUCUAGGAUAAUGUUAAGAGGAUUUUCAUGGAGUCUCCGGGGCGUAUGAAUCAAGCGAUGCCGACGAAAUAUCACCGACAGGAAGCCAACUACAGGAGUUGCUCUCAGUCGCUGCCCCUCGAUAUUCUAUGGUUGCCCCGUUCAGCAUUUCGUCACGCAGACGGCGAACUGGCGGACUGCGUGUUGGUGGUCGGAGUGUCCCGGCCCAAGCUCGCCGCGGCCCUCCUCUCCGUCACUCUCCUCUCUCUGUUCCUCACCUUCCAUGUGCUCUACGACAGCGCCAUCUAUAGUAUUCAAGCUGCAAGCAUGGCGUCAGCUGCAAGCGAGAGCAGAAAGAUGUUACAAAACCAAGAAAGCAGUCGGACGAUAAACCACCCUAUGAUGUUAAGAAAACGGCUCAAAACACCUCGUACACCUCGACCGACCCGCAGACUGCCGCAGGCACUGAUUGUUGGAGUUCGUAAAUGCGGUACGCGUGCUUUACUGGAAAUGCUCUAUCUGCACCCCAUGGUACAAAAGGCUUCCGGCGAGGUACAUUUCUUCGACCGGGAUGAGAAUUACGCUCUUGGUCUUGAGUGGUAUCGGAGCAAGAUGCCACUUUCAUUUAAAGGACAGAUAACCAUUGAGAAGAGCCCCAGUUACUUCGUUACACCUGAGGUACCAGAACGAGUAAGGGCAAUGAACUCAUCAGUGAGAUUACUACUCAUAGUCCGAGAGCCGGUGACGCGGGCAAUCUCCGACUACACCCAACUGCGAAGUCGGGCCACACCCUCAGCACCUGCUCUGGCCUCCGGACAUCCCCUACCUGAUGCAGCAAAGCCUUUCGAGCAUCUUGCUAUAUCUGCCGAUGGAUCCAUCAACGUUGAUUACAGGCCCAUUGCAAUAUCGCUUUAUCACGCCUACUUACACCGAUGGUUGGAGGUGUUCCCGAGGGAACAGAUUUUAGUCGUCAACGGGGAUCAACUUAUCGAAGAUCCUGUUCCACAACUUAGAAGGAUUGAGAAGUUUUUAGGCCUCGAGCACAAAAUCGGCAGGAAAAAUUUCUACUUCAACGAAACAAAGGGUUUUUACUGUUUACGCAACGACACCACCGACAAAUGUUUGCGUGAGACGAAGGGACGAAAACACCCCCGGGUCGAUCCGGCCGUUGUUACAAAGCUUCGCAAAUUUUUCAUACAACAUAAUCAAAGGUUCUACGAUCUCGUUGGAGAGGACCUCGGCUGGCCUGAGGAUUAAAUUGUUACUAGUAACUGUUGUGAUGAAACAUAUCAAAGAAAUUAAAUACAUAUCAUUAGCAGAUAAGAUGUUUUUAACUAUUUAUGUAUACAUUUUAGAAUAAAUUGUGUAAGAUAUUUUAAUAAAGAUAUGUUUAUUUACAAACGUCAAACUUUAGCGGCCUUACAAAUGAACUAGGUAUAAAGUUAUACCUCAGAAUAAACCAAUAAUAUGCUAACCCCCUUAUUCAUAAUAGUCUGCUAACUUAAAGCAUUGCUAAUUCGCACUCUGUCUUCUUCUAUUGACCUAAGUCAGAAUUAGAAGAAACACCUUAGCGGCUGUUUAAAGUUAGCGGACCAUUAUGAAUCAGGGGGUAUAUGUUUACAAAAUAUAGACAAUUUGCUUAUGAUUGGUUUAUUGGGACGUAUAACGUUUCCCGCGCUUUUUUACAAGGUUGCGUGACAUUCGGAAAACUUCAGAAUUGUCAUUGUAUUGACAGUGUUGUUAGCGAUAUACUCAACAAUUUACUUGGUUUAUACACAGGUAUAACUUUAUACCAAGUUUAUUUGUAAGGCGGUAGGAGUUUAGUUUAAAUGUUGUUGGCAAUUUUAUAUUUUGUUGUUUCUUUAAUGGUCAAUAAAUUUUUUUCGUGAGGGAUAGAAGCUGUUCGUGACAUUAUUUCGUGGAUUUUAGUAGGUAUAUAUAAUAUUUAAUUCUUGUUUAAUGAACCGUACCCAAUGAAACCCUGAGCAAUAUAUUUUUAUAUAUUUUAAUUAAGUAUUGUAUGCGGUCCUUAUACAAAGUUUAUAUGUAUACAGUGAUGUGAAUUUACAUAUUUAGAAAGUGGUUCUUUUCGAUUGUUUGAUUUAGCAUUAGUGAGAUUUAGAAAUAAAAUCAGUAAUAUACUUGUAGUUUAGAAUUACUAAUGAGAUUUACAUAUUCGUAAACACAUCGCCGAGUGUGUGUCGAGUAUAACUGCUUUCUCUUUUAGAUGUUGUAAUUUUGGUCGUGCAAUGUGUCCUUAAUGUUUCGUGUACGUUUUCCUACAGUUUUAGACGAGCAAAGUUGUCCUGCUUUGAUAAUGUGUCAGGUGUUUUAUGAUAAAUGUUUACAGUUACUUAAGUAUAUUUCAAAUAUAUAUCUGUGUGUCUGAUGUCUAUUAACCUAGCUGUUCCCGAUGCUAUUUGAUCUAUUUUCGAUCACGCUAUAGCAUUCAAAGUGAACACGCCGAUUUACCUAAAAUGUUUUUAAUUUCGUAAGCCAAUUCGACGCGGGUUCUAGAAUAUAUCUAUAUAAGUGUAACGUCCAAGACUGAAGCGUUAGAUAAGUCUAAGUAAUGCCUAUUUAGCUUAGAAUGUCCAUAGGUGAUACGAAAAUGAAUUGUGGGUAAAAUAUAGGGCAUCGCGACCGAAGUCUAUUUAGUAGACGUUUAAGAUCAAAUGCACUUUUGAAAGCAGGUUGUUUUCAUUUAGAAAAUACGCUUCCAAGAAACAUUUCAUAAUCAACGAAUAUUUGUAAUGUUUUUAAUCCUUUAUAUAAAAAAAAAAUUUGCACAUUCACGGAAAUAAUAAUACGAUGCAUUUGACCUUUGAUAAUAUAAUCAUUAUAGUUAGUCAUGUGAAAGAAAUGGGUGGCGAAACAAAUGUUGCGGAAUUUAAUGCAAUUUGCUGAAACUUUUCUAUUUUGUUGGAUUACAGUUUAAACGUUACUUUAAAUAUUCGUUUUGAAUCAGAUAUGAUAAAACAAUAUAAGCAUGUAAAGUUUUUUUUUAUAUACGAAAAAAAACAAUGAUUAAGUAUAUACAAUAUAAUACAAGCUUUUUUAAAAGAUACAUAUCAAUUUUAUAAAAUUUUAUCCAUUUAUUAUCAACAUAUUUAAAUUAUAUUAAAAAAGCAGAUACUAAAUAUAGGCAUACAAUAACAAUAACAAUUACCAAAUUGUUAAUAAGUUACGACCAAUUUUGAUUCAAAUUACAAAUUUCUGUCAAAUGUCAAAUUGCGUGACGGUCACGCGAGUUGUGAUACUUCCCCAUCCCAAGAGUGCCCAACGUGUGUAAAAAGUUUUCGCAUCAAAGACGUGUUCGAAACGCAUCAAAAAUGAUGAACAAGCCAAUAUUUAUAAGUCAAAUUAUUAUAUUUGUGCACGAUUCUAAACUUUUUGCCAGUAAUAAAACUCCAUACCCGUUUACUCCGUUUCGUAUAGAAUGAAAUACGUCAAAAAAUAAAUAACAAAUACGUCAACCUUGAGUGGUCAUUGUCAUAAAAAGAAAACAUUAUCUUUAUAUUAGGGCCCUACAUUUCUUUGUAUGUUGUCAGUGUCACUGUCACUUUGUCGUGGCGAGACUUAAAUUUUAAGUCAACUUUCAAUUAUGUCAAAACGGACAUAGGGAGUUGUGUGUCUUUGAGCAGUGUUGCCUAUACAAUAGUCAGGCAUGGUGGAUGUUAUUUUUAUUUCUCUUAUUUAGGAAACAUGCAGUCUUAAGCUAUUAAAACAAUAAAUAUUUGAAAAUUAAUAGUUUCAAAAUUUAUAACAAAAGUUGUUUAAUGCUCGGAAAAGAUCGCAACCUAAAAUACACAUUCAACAAACUUACAAUACCAAAGCAUAAUAGAAGAAAACAAAAAGAUUACAUAAUUUGCCGAUAAAAUCGAUUAGAUAGUAGUGAAGGGUUCCCCAUAUUAUUACAAGAAAAAAUAAAUAUCAAUUAUUGUUUGCAACAAAAAAGUUUGCAAAAUUUAGUAAUAUAAACUUACAUUGCGGGAGCAUAAUUCAUAGAAAAAUGAAAACAAAGAUUUACAUCGAUUUGCCGAAAAAAUCAACAAUCUAAGAUUACAUGAUAUAAUACAAAAGGUUUAAUACUCAAAAAAGCUAGCAACAAAGUUAUGUAACAUUUAUCAAAUAUUCUUCGUUUAUUUUUCAGCAAUAUAUCAAAUCAAAUCAAAAUCCUUUUAUUUAUGUAGGUUAACGAAAUGGCACUUAUAAAUGCCUAAAGUUUUCUUUACUUUUUACAUUUACCACCAGUUUGGAAAUGAUUGAGCUUUAAGGAGAAGAAGUGGCAAGAAACUCAUUGCCACUAUUUUAAAAUAACAUUUACAGCUUCAUUGUUUUACAAAUCAUUUCAAUUACAAUAUACGUGAAGUGAUGCGACAAAAAUACUCAAGAGUCAAAGCUCAUUGCCUUACACGAGUAAGUUAAAAAAGAAGUAAAUGUAAAUUCCUAAAACACACGGACUAGUAAAAAAAUAAGGACUCCGUGACCUUACAUAACAGUGUAGCACUAAAACAAGCCGAUUAACGUGUAAAUACAUAGCCCCACGCACACACACUACUACAGGCCGAUAGGCGGCCAUUAAGAGAAUUGUCAUCGUCUGUGACAGAUCAGUUUGCGUCUCAAUAAAAUAUUUUUAAAAUGCCGUCGUCCGUUGUGAAAAGUGUAAAAACGAUACUAUAUAAGUAUUUGUGAGGAGAAAAAGUUGUGUAACUAUUAUCCCCCGUAACCGCACACACACUAACUUAACGGUGCUUCACUUGCUAAUAUCACGGCGCGGAGUCCUUCUUUUUUUACUCGUCCUUGGUAAAACACAAGACUUAUUGGUAAAGUACAUGCUGCAUGUUAUUAAGUGAGCAUUUUAUUAGCGAUUAUACAAAAUAUACUUACCUACUUAAAUUUUUAUCGUUUCCGUAACUUUACGUAUAACAAUGUUGCGUUUAAAUAUUAAUAAGUUCAAAUUUUAAAAUAUACAUCUAUCCUAACGAAUAAAAAUAUAUACAAUGACAUUAUUUAAAAAUAUUUCUUUGGAAUUUGGCAAAUUGUAUUAAACAAGAAUAUCAAACAUAUCUCUUACUGGUUAAGUUUUUAGGAUAAUAUUAAAUUUCUAAUUAAGUCAUGUUACGUCAUUUGAAUAUUUUAAAUCUAUUUGAGUUUACUACAAUUAAUUAAUGAAUUAAUGAUAGAUUACUUAUUUAUAUCACUGUUAAAUGUUGUGCACGGACAUACUAGUUAAUUAAGUAGACAAUUUUUUUUUAUGAUUUUGAUCUUAGAUCAUUUAUACGUCUAGAUAGACUGUGAAAGAAACGAAAAAAAUUGAGGUUAACAGUUAACCUCUAUUUUAAGUAAUGCUACACUAACACAAAGUGACAUACAAUCACGAUUGUAAGAUUCAGCUUGUCACGCACACUAUACCAGUGGGAGGCUCCUUUGCACAGGAUGCCGGCUAGAUUAUGGGUAUCACAACGGCGCCUGUUUCUGCCGUGAAGCAGUAAUGUGUAAGCAUAACUGUGUUUCGGUCUGAAGGGCGCCGUAUUUAGUGAAAUUACUGGGCAAAUGAGACUUAACAACUUAUGUCUCAAGGUGACGAGCGCUGUUGUUGACCGCUCAGAAUUUUUGUAAUGGGCAGGGCGGAUCAAUUACCAUCAGCUGAACGUCCGGCUUAUCUCGUCCCUUAUUUUCAUACAGUAAAAAAAUACUAAAGUAAUAAACCUGGCCUGUUUUCAUCGGUUGUCUAACAAUUAAAGACUCUAUCUAGACGUAUAAAUGAUCUGUUUUGAUAAUAUAUAUUAAGUAAUUUUACGGGUGUUAAUUACUUUGCGAUUUGUUUGAAUGUUUAUACUGUUUUUGUGCAUGUGGGAGAUUUAAAUAUGUUAAUUUCAUAUCGGAAUAUGGUUAUU